AUGUGGUAUGAUAGGAGGAAAAGCUUUCAUACAGUGUGCAAAGAUGCUAAAAUUCUUAGAUCUAAUAUUUAUCGAACAGCUCUUAGAUAUGCAGGGGAAGCAGAUGAUCAUAAUCAGAUGAUUAUUAACUCUGAUACAAGAGAGAUAAAGCAAGAUCUGCAAACAAGUAGCACAAACAAAUUAGCAUUAAUACUCCAAAAAGUGAAAGUCUCAGAAGACAAUAAACUCGAUUGGAUACUAGUUAACAACAAAGAGAACAAGUCAGACAUUCGAAGAGUAGUUAGCAAGAGCAAAGAAGGAUUUCGCACAAAGAAGUGGUUAGUUAGUAAAGAAGAAAAAGGUAAAAUCAGAUUAGAUAAAGAAGCGAUUACGUCAAGCAACACCCAACAAACAGAGUGGAUUAAUAAGAAAAAAGUAAUCACAGUAUUGCAAGGGCUUAGAAAGCAAAAUAGUAGUUGGGUUCUUGAUAUGAUACAAAGCUCACUUAAAGGAAUUAGAAAAAAUAAUAUUGAUACAGAGAUAACUAGUAGGAGGGAAAUAGGUAGAGACUCGUAUAGUUUAGAACAUGCAAGCCUGGCAGAUAUAGUUUAUAUAGAUAAGUUAGAGAGAGACUAUAUUAAAAAACAAGAGUUUGGUGAAUAUUGUGAAGAGUUAUUAUUAAAUCAACUAGAUAGAAAUAUAAAAACAGAUCAAAAAACAUUAACAUUCUAUACAGAUAGCUCAUUAUUAAAAGAAACAAGAAAUGGAAGAGCAGUUAAUCUUGUUAAAAGAAGGCCAGACCUAUAUGAGGAGAGUAGCUACAAAUUGUGUAAAGAUAAUAUAGAAGAAACUCAAGAUCAUUUAGCAUGCUGCAGAGCACAGCAGACCCAUUGGCAAAAAAUUAAACAAGCAGCAAUUGAAGCAGUACAAGCCCUCAUAAAUAAACCUGAGAGAAGGAGAAAAUUACGAACAAGCGAACUCCAGCAAUGCUUAUUUGGUGAAAUUUACAGGGAGCAAAAAGAGCGAAGAAAAGGCUUUACUCGAGGCUUAUUUAAAAAUACAGUCAUAGAAGAACUUAUUAACCAAGACUUAACAAAAAGAGAAGCAAACUUAGCCUUAGAUACAACAAUACAUCAUCAAAAAUUAGGAAAAAGAGCCAAAUUGCAGGAUAAAAAGAAGGUUAGUGGGAAAAGAAGAAGAGAAAAGACAGAAGCACAAAAAAGUUCUGAUCAGAAGAGUAGAAAACCACCUAAUUCUAAAAAAGCCAUGGUAUAG